AUGAGCGCCAUCCUCUCCGCAGACGAUCUCAACGACUUCAUUUCCCCAGGCGUUGCAUGUAUUAAGCCGGUCGAAACUCUCCCGGCAGCAGAGCCUGCGGUUCCCACUGAUAACCAGGAAGAUGCAUACGAAGUAUCCUUUAACACUGAACCACCACCACCACAAGCUGAUCUUCCACCCGCCCAAAUAUCCCUAACAGACUGCCUUGCAUGUUCCGGCUGCGUUACAUCCGCCGAAGCUGUGCUCGUCUCUCUACAAUCACAUGCCGAAGUACUCUCCGAACUGGAUUCCGGGCCAGGACUGCGCUUAUCUGCCGAUGGGACUAGAGUUGAGAAUCUGGAUACAGGCGGGAAAUUAUACGUUGCGAGCGUCAGCCCACAGUCGCGUGCAAGUAUUGCUGCUGCGUAUGGGGUGACGGAGAAAGAGGCUGGGUAUAUGAUCGACCAGUUACUCAGCGGACCGAGAGGACUGAAGAGCCGUGCUGUUUAUAGAAAUGGGUUUCAAUGGGUGGUGGAUACGAAUAUAACAAGGGAGGCAUGUUUAGUACUUGGGACGGAGGAGGUAAUGGCCUCACUGACGGCUGCCUCCGGGAAUGUGGAUGAUCUUGAGAACGGGGAUGCAAAGAAACAACCCACAAAACCGAUAUUGACGUCUUCAUGUCCCGGGUGGAUAUGUUACGCCGAGAAGACACACCCUCACAUUUUACCACACCUAUCACGAUUAAAAUCACCACAGGCAUUGAUGGGAACAUUGCUGAAGACGGCUCUCAGUCGGAAACUUGGCAUUUCCCCAGAUAGAAUAUGGCAUGUAGCUAUCAUGCCAUGUUUUGACAAGAAGUUGGAGGCCAGUCGUGAAGAGCUCACGGAUGCUGUGUGGGAAGGCACGGGCACUCGUGGCGUUCGAGAUGUCGACUGUGUCAUCACCAGCAAGGAGCUACUUAUGCUGGCAGAUUCCAGACGAGUCGACUUUGCCAAACUUCCUCGUACACCUAUUCCUCGGCGAAUACCAUUCCUGGAUCCAAAGCUGGAUUCAUUUCUCUUCCCUACCCGGCGGGCCACAAAUGGCAACUCAGCCGCUGGUACUUCAGGGGGUAACCUCCACUACAUCCUCCAGUAUUUUGCAUCCCAGCAUGAAGGUGCUUCGAUCCAAACAACGCGUGGACGAAAUGCGGAUGUACUGGAUUGUUCAGUUACAUCGGCAGACGGCGAAACUCUUUUCAAGGCUGCAAGAUACUAUGGGUUCCGGAAUAUCCAGAAUCUUGUUCGGCGGCUGAAACCCGUCAGACCAUCCCGAAUGCCGGGUGGCAAGCCAAUUGGCAGCGCCAGGAAAGGAGGAGCCAAGGCUAAUGGCCCAGACUAUGCCUACGUCGAGGUCAUGGCGUGCCCGGGCGGGUGUACGAAUGGUGGUGGGCAGAUAAAAGUUGACGACCCAGUGAUUACUGGGGUUGAGACUUCAGAGGUCAACCCUGGACCUCCAGAGCAGAAGCAGUGGUUGGCCAAAGUAGAUGAGGCGUAUUUCUCCGGUGAGGACGUUUUUGGUGAGGACAUUACCAUGGAGGAUCGGCAUGAUAUGGUAGACGGAAUUUCUCCUUCGUAUAUUAAAGAUACCCUGGCGUAUUGGGCGGCCACGACAGGCAUAGGUUUGGAUAGAUUGGCGUACACGAGUUACCGCGAGGUAAUUAGCGACGUUGGAAAGAAUGUUGGCGAUGCCGAGAGGGUGAUUGAGAUCGCUGGGAAGAUUGGUGGCGGAUGGUGA